AUGGAGCUUCUUCCAAGUCUAGUAAUCAUUCUUAUUCUUGUUCCGUGCUUUGCAUCACUUCCUGGUAUUAGGGCUCAGUCUACUACUACUUCUCCUGGGUCUUCAACAAGGGAAGAAGCAAAGGCUCUUGAUGCACUUCUGCAACAAUAUGCUUACAGGGCUUUGGUGAAUCCAAAAACAGGUAUCAUUUACAAUGGAACCCAUCUUCCUUCCAAUUUGACUGGGAUUGAGGUUGCAGCAUUGAGAUUAAGGAGUGGAAGUUUAAGGAGAAAAGGGUUCCACCCAUACAAUGAGUUUGAAAUUCCCAAGGGACUUAUUGGGAGUCCAUAUGUGGAAAGGCUUGUUUUGGUGUACCAAAAUCUGGGUAAUAGAUCCUCCAGGUACUACCCUUUGACUAAUUAUACCUAUUUGGCUCCAGUGUUGGGACUACUGGCUUAUAAUGGUUCAAAUUUGUCAGCUACAAAUAUAUCAGAACUAGUCAUAGAUGCAUCUGAAGGCCCUAUUUUGGUCAAGUUCAGGGCUGUUCAAGCAGUCCCUCAUGGUGCUGUUGCAAAAUGUGUUUCGUUUGAUUUACAGGGUUCCUCCAAUUUCAGUGAUUUAACAGAAGGCAACACAUGUUCAUCUUUCCAACAAGGGCAUUUCUCUAUAGUUGUUAAAUCCACUGCUCCUCCAGCUCCAGCACCAGCUCCAGUGUCUCCUACUCCUGCAAGUCCUCCAAAAAGGGGGCCAUCACCAAGUGCCCAAGGAAAAGGUGAGAAGGAGAAUAAAAAGGUGGGGAUCAUUGUAGGGUCUGUUGUGGGGGGACUAGCCUUGCUUGUGUUAUUGUCACUUCUUGUUCUGUGGACGAGAAAGUACAAACAGAAGAAGAGAAUGCAACAGAUGGAAAGGGCUGCAGAGGUGGGAGAACCUCUUCAAAUGGCUUCGAUUGGGGAUACAAAAGCUCCUGCUGCAACAGUAACUAGAACACAACCAAUCCUUGAGCAUGAAUAUGCACCAUGA